AUGAAGGCAUUUGGCUAUACUCAAAGCAACAUCGAUCACACUUUGUUCUUGAAGAGACAACAAGGUAAAAUUACUGCCCUUAUUGUACAUGUUCAUGAUAUGGUGGUGACUGGAAAUGACCCUGAAGAAAGGAAAGCUCUCCAAAUCUACCUGUCUAAAGAAUUCGAGAUGAAGGACCUUGGUCCAUUAAAGUUUUUCCUUGGAAUUGAAGUGGCUAUAUCAUCUAAAGAAAUUUUCUUAUCCCAAAGAAAAUACACUUUAGAUUUGUUACAGGAAACUGGCAUGACAGCUUGCCAACCAGUUGAUACACCUAUUGAAGAAGGCCUGAAAUUAAGUGUUGAACCUAAUCAAAUUCCAGUUGAUAAAGGAAGAUAUCAGAGACUUGUAGGAAGUUUUUGUGACUAA